GCCGUACCCAGCUCGUUGAUCGUGUUCUCAGAUCGCCACUAUAAAGUGAGUCCUGGCUUAUUCGCACUCCAACAGAAGCUCCUCCUCGGUUCUUUUGUGCCACCAGCGGUCUCAUAACUCUCUGAAUGCCCAAUCAGUACAAGCCCGUUCCUAAUGCUGAAGACCUCCGUCCUUUCAUCGAGAAGUACUGGAAGCAGAACAAGAAGGAUGUCGAGAUCGUCGAGCUGCUCAAGAAGUAUCACAUCGAUCUCAACAAAUACGGCCUCGAAGUUCAAACAUUUAGAAAAAUUCGCGAGAAGCUUGGUUUCAUACGCACGCGGCGUCAAGGCCACACCGUGGACACAAUUGGGGUAUUUAUUGUCAAACUCCGUCCGAUCUAUCCCAAGGCUGGCGGACGGGAGAUGGUUAGCUUGCUAUUACACGAGGAGAAUGUGCGCGUGUCCCGCGAGACUGUAAUGCGCUAUUUUCACACUCAUGAGCCCGAUCUUGUUCGUGAGCGCCGACGUGGACACUUCAAGCGCAAGCAGUUCUGGGCAGCGGGUGCCAACGAUAUAUGGGCUGUAGAUCAGCACGACAAAUGGAAGUAUAAAUUCGGUUUAGCGCUACACACUGGGAUUGACCCAUUUCUCGGCAUGAUUCAUUGGUUGAAGAUUUGGUGGAACAACAGCAAUCCCCGCCUUAUAUUCAGCUAUUAUCUGGAAACCGUGGAACGGCUUGGGGUCAUCCCACUUGUGACCCAGAGCGAUCCUGGGUCAGAGAACGUGGGGAUUGCGAAUGGACACACACAGCUGCGUCACUAUCAGGACCCCUCACUUAUCGGCACCUCUCAGCACCGUUGGAUGCGAAAGAAGAAGAACAUCAUGCCGGAAAUCACAUGGAGUCAGAUGCGGCGUCGAUUCACUCCUGGCUUUGAAGACAUCCUCGACGUUGGUGUAAACGAGGGCUGGUACAAUCCGGGAGUUCUACUCGAAGCCUUAGUCUUCCGUUGGGUAUUCAUCCCGUGGCUUCAGGGCGAGCUCGAGCUGUAUCGGCAUCGCGUGAACAAUACCGCAAAGCGCUGUGAUCGUAACAAGAUCCUUCCUCACGGUGUUCCGACUAGCAUGUUUGAGUUCCCAGAGGAUUACGCCAUCCUCGAUUUCAAGAUCAAGGUCGAUCCUAUCGGUAUUGAAAAAGUCCGACAGAUGUACGCACCACCUGAUCAUGACGUCUUUCUCCUUGUUCCCCCUGACUUCGAGAUCGCGAUCUUGGAUAUCUAUGCAAAGCUUAAUAGCCCUAUUGUGGACCGGGACUCAUGUUGGGAUGUAUAUCUCCAGCUCCUGAAUUGCCUCAAGGAGUUGGAUCAGCUCAACGAUAUCGAUCAGAGUGCCGAUGCAAGGUGGGGGCAUGUGCUGACCCAGCCGGUCGAUGAAAACAUUCCCCUUCUCCCAAACUUGCAGGAACUGCGGGGCGGUGAGGGGGUCGUCGGAGAGGGUGCUUAUUAUAUGGGUGGAGUCAACAAUGGGGAUGGUCUCGGUAUGUUCCAUUACUUGGGAACCUUACUGUUCACUGACUCGUCUCCUUUUGGAGGUCCUGAACAUCACGCAUGUCUGAACGCAAUGAUCAACGAUAUCGAGCCCGAAGUGGAUCCCAUGCCCAACUCCCAGUUACCGGAUGACGCUCACGCAUUGUACGCAUGGUUCUCGGACGAAGAAGACUCUCAGGAUUUCAAUGAUCAUUGGUAG